AUGGACGUGGCCUGGCCCUUUGCCCAAUGGGGGCUCAACCUCCUUGGACCCUUCCCUCCAGCAUCGGGUCAAUGGCGCUUUCUCAUAGUCGGGGUCGACUACUUCAUGAAGUGGGUGGAAGUCGAACCCUUGGCCUCCAUUACCAAGAAGCAAGUCCAGAGCUUCAUGUGGAAGAAUAUCAUCACCCGGUUCGGGAUCCCGAAGGCUAUCAUCGCCGACAACGGAACUCGAUUCAACAACAUUAAGUUCAAGGCCUAUUGCCAGUCGUACGGGAUCCAGUUGAAGUUUAGCUCGGUCGCACUCCCCCAAACCAACGAUCAAACUGAGGUGAUGAACCGGACGAUCCUGGAAGGCCUCAAGAGGAGAAUCUCAGGCGCACAUGGUGCUUGGGUGGAUGAGCUUCCUAGCGUCUUGUGGGCAAUGCGAACGACUCCCAAAACUGUCUCGGGGGAGUCUCUGUUCAACCUGGCGUUCGGGACCGAGGCGGUCCUGCCAACUGAAAUGUUAUUCCCAACCCUACGCACCUCCAAUUAUCAGCAAGGAGACUUUGAGGAGGGGCUCCGAGCAAACUUGGAUCUCCUUGAGGAAGGAAGAGCCAAGGCACAUCUGCGUAUCUUGUCAUAUAAGAAGGUCGUAGCUUGGAUUUACAACCGACGGGUUCGCUCGCGCUUGAUCAAGAUCAGGGACCUCGUCCUCCAAAGAGCAAAAGUGAGCAACCCGACCCGAGCAAGGGGAAAGCUCUCACCCAACUGGGAAGACCCCUAUCGAGUCUAUGACAUGGUCCUAGAGGGGACCUACCAACUCGAGAGUAUGGAGGGAAGUCCCCUGCCGAGAACAUGGAAUACGACAAACCUGAAGAAAUUCUACCCAUAA